AAUGGAGCCAAUUUGGGGGCUGGAUAUCCCACUGCCAGACCAUCUCAGUCUUAUUCUACUUAGUUUCUUGGUUUGUGGCACCUGGGUGUUGUUUUCUAGGUAUCGGAGCCGGACACAGGUGGUAGCCAAGUCAGAGACAGGAAGAAUUAUGGGCCAGAGUUUUAACUGUGGGAUAGCAACCCCAUUCCACACUUGAUGCCCUGUCUUUCUGCUGGAGGCUUCAAAGCAACAUAUUCUUGAACAGAUGGAGAAACUCACAGUUUCACAAUUCGAAGACUCCAGGAUGAACUUUAUGGAAAAUGAUCUGACAUGUGUUUCAGGACUUCCUAUGGGCUGGACCCAGGAGUAUAUAUUAUGGUCAAUAGACAAGAGCCUUCAGCAGAUCUUCCAACAUCUGGAAAAUGCAAGCUCAACGCUUAUGGAACUGGGUUUACCAGAAUCCCAUGAAGCGUCUUCCUCCUCCAUCUCUGACACUAUGGCUCGGGAGCUUGCCUCACCUUGCUGUUACUGUGAAAAGGGGAAAUGUUCUACUGACUACAGCAUAUCCUCUGAAUCCUCCAACCAUAGCUCGAUCCUGUCUUGCCUUCCGAUCUUUUCUGAAAGAACAACUUGGCAAAGCCAGAGACAUGGUGUCCCUGAUUCCUCAGAAAAGGAAUUGCCUGUGUCCGGGAGCCAAAGCACACCAGUGCCUACCUUUCAGCUGAUGGAUACUAAGAAGUCAGAUCUUUUCCAGAAUUUUGCAGUCAUCCCUCCCGUACAAGCUCAAAGCUCUUUUAUUAGCUCUAUUUUACAAUCCCUAGAUCCUUGCAAACAAGAGAAAACAGAAGAUAAGAGAAAGAAUCAUUUGCUAUCAGGUCAUGGGUCAAGUUCUGUUUUGAACGAGAGACUGGGACCCUUCAUCUGGGCUCCACUCCGGGUCUCUCCUUUAGUCAGAGGAGAGCUGGAAGGACAUAUAUCUCAGAAGGUUUCUACUCUGAAGAAACAAGUGGUACCUCUGCCCGUGAAGAAAUCAUGGGACAUACUCAAUCAUCUGAUGGAUGCUCAAGGAGUUCCUAAACAAAAAAUCCCCAAGACUCAGUUACCUCCACCCACCCCCCAGAGAACUGAGCCAAAUACCUACAGAUCUUCAGAUGUUCCAUCAAUUCAUCUCCAUGUGAACAUUGGGGUGAAUUCUGAAGUAAAUAGGACAGAAGCAAGAAUGUCAAAGUCACUUACCUCCAACAAGCAGUUAGAAUCUAAGAAUGACCACCAAAUCAUUAGAUACAAUCCUUUAGUUAUAUCAAUGGACACGCCGUCUUCCAGAAAUUUAGAAAUUAAUGCAGUUCAGGAAGAAACCACUUUAGUAGAAAAGGAUCCAAAGCCCGUGUUAGAGCUAAAUAUAGAACAGAGGGUCAUAGGUCUUCCAGAAGAAAGGAUACCUUUACAUAAGGCACAAGAAACUAAUGUGGGGCUGACACCCAAGGUACCAUGUUCAGCCGCAGACAGCAUAAAGGUCACUCCAAUGGCAUUGCUUCAGGUUAUGGGUUCAAUGGGAAUGAUCCCAGAUUCACAUUCAGAGGUAAUAGACUCUGUGGGGAAGACGAAAGAUAAGACUGACUUACCACAGCCACCAAACCAAGCUGAAACAGUGAAUAUGCCUCCGGAGACAUCAUAUCCGGUAAUCGAGUCAAUAAAAGUAGCAAGUCCUCAGCGCGAAACGAGUGAAUCAGAGAGUAUGACCUCAAGACUACAUCAAAUCACAGACAACACAAAAGUGACUCCUGUAGCAUUGUUUCAUGUCUUGGAUUCUAGGGCGCUGAUUAAUGAAUUAUGUUCGCGUGUCAUAGAAUCAGCAGGAAUAGCCCCAAAGCCACAAUACCAAGUCAUGAAAUCAGUGGGGGUAGAUACAUUGCAUAAGGAUCAAGCUGAAGAACCAGCAAAGGUGAGUCCAGGGCCGCAUCAAACCGUCUUCAAAGCUAGGGAAAGGAUUCCACAGCCUCAGCAUGAAGUCACGGAAACAUUAAACAUGGACUCAGGGUCACAGAAUCAAGCCACAAAACAGACCAGGUUUACUCCUAGUUCACUCCAACCUACACUGCCACCACCUAAAGUCCUGGACUCAUCAAGGGUGAUCCUAGAACCAUCAGAAAAUUCCAUAUGUGCACUAAAGUUAUCCUCAGUGGUACAGGGGUCACCCACGGGAGUGACCAUACCGCCACAAGCUGGUUUGAUUACACAGUCAGUGGCUCAAGCAAAAGAAUCUCUAGAGUUGCCUUCUGCAACCCAGGUUCAAGUCAGAGACUCCAUAGAGAUGACACUACAUCAAGGGACAGAGUAUGUGUCAUUGACUCCAAAACUGCCUCAUCAGGUCAUGGACCCUUUGGAGUUCACCCCAUGGCACCAAGACUUAGACUGUUCAGAGAUAAGCCCAAGACAAAGUCACAUAAGGACAGAACCUAUGGAGUUGACCUCAGAUAUCUGGCCACAAAGGAAGUCUCCUACAGAGAUGACACCAUCACAUCAUCAAAUAACAGAAUCUAAGGCAACAGCCCCGGAGGCAUCAGAUCAAGGGACAAUACCUAUAGGAAUGAGCCAACAGCAUCAACUUACAGAAUCUGGAGUAGUACCAGCUACUCCAAAACUUCAAGAAAUAGAGUAUUUUGGGGGAGAAACAACCCCACAACCUAAGGUUAUAGAGUCAGUGAACUUAUCCCCAGAGUUACAGGAUGUAAACUCUAAGAAUCUAGUCCCAGAUCCAAGAUCGGAAGGUAUGAAACCUGUGGACAUAUCCAAAGACUUAGUUUCAGAAAUGGUCAAAGAUGGACCUCUGACCCUAACGGUGGUAUCUACAGAUGUGGCCCCAGAACAACAUCAGCAGAGCGUACAGUCUGCGAAAUUAACCGCCGUAUCACAAUUGCAAACUGAGAAACCUGUCCCAUCAGCCCCAGAGUCUCAGCUUCAAGAUGUGAAGUCUGCCCAACUAACAAUCGAACCACAACUCCAAAGUGUACAAUCUGCUGGGUUGGCCCUAAAUCCACAGGUGCAAAGUAAUAUAUCAGUAAAUUUGAUUCCUUGUUCACAGUCUCAAGGUAUGGAAGGUGUUGGUUCAGCCCUACCACAGGAGGUACAAGAAGAUAUAAAAAUGGUGGCAUUGACUCCAAGACUACCACUUGAAGAUAUAGAACCUGCAAAUUUGGCCCCAGAACCAUGUUCACAAAACACCAGCUCUGAUGAGAUAACCCAUGUACCACUGCUUGAAGAUACAAAUAUUCCAUUGGUAGACUGUAGGAGUUUAAUUCCUGAGACUCUGGUAGAAAGUAUGAAAAUUAGUGAGUUGACCACACACCUUUAUGCAGUAAAACCUUCAGAUGUAGAUGUGGGCCCCGACUCAAGUUAUUCUUUCCCAGAACCUGAAGGGUUAACUGAACAGCAACAAGCCUCAGAAGCAAGGGUGACCUCUGACACUUGUCAUCCGAGGAACGAAUCUGCUGAGUCAACACAGUCAUCAGUAAGAAUGACCCCAGCACCACUGAGCCAAACCUCAGAAUCUACGGAAAUGAGCUUACCACCACUCCUAGAUACUUUGGAAACUAGGACCCAAGUUUUAGAAGAGAUGAAGGAGACUCCAGAGUUACAAAGCACAAUUAAAGAUACUCUGGAUUUGCUACCGGAAUCAGAAGUACCAACCAUAAACCCAGAAGUGAUGGCCCCAGAACCACAGUUCCUGGAUGAGAACUUUACUCAUGUGAUGCUAGAACCAUGUUCGGAAGUUACUAACCCAUCAGAAAUAAGUCUAUAUGAAUACACAGAAAGCACUGGAUUGACAUUGCCUGAAGUUGAUGAUACCCAGGGGACCACUGUAGAAACAUAUCCAGAAAUGGGUUCUCAGGGGUUGAAUCUAGAACCAAGAGUGCAAAUUGAGGAACCAGAGUCAUUGGCAGAAAAAUUAAAAUGUGAAGAAUUAACCUCUGAACCAUCUGUAUUGGUUGAACCUACAGAGUUAACUACAGGACCCACACCACAUAUUAUAGAUGUGAUUCCAGGGCCACAGAUCCACAAAGUAAAGUCUAGACAAAUAAAUAAAGGAUUAGAGUUACGAAAAGCGAUAUCUGUGGAUUUAGUACAAAAGUCAUCUAUAGGAGUGGUAGAUCCUGAAAAGGCAAAACCAGAGCUAGGGUUACCGAGCUUAUCACCAAAGGGGUCGUCUGAGGGGAUUCCAAAUGUGAAGUCUGUGGAUUGGAAUCUGGGCCAAGAGCAGCCAAUUGUCAAAUCAGGAUUGAUUCCAGGGCCACAAUUGCAAAGCGUCAGAUUUCCAAAGUUACAUCAAGGGCUACUUCUUCAAGGGGAAAAUGCAGCAAAUUCUAUCUCGGCCCCCCCACAUUAUAGUGUGAAAUCUGAUGAAGCAAUAUCAUAUUCCCAAAUGCCAGAAAUCGGAUCAUCCGGUUUUAUUCCAGGGGCAAAGGUUCCAGAACCACAACAACCACAUGUGAAGUCUACGGACGUAUAUCUAGGACCAUGCUUGCAAGAUGUGAGAUUUUCUGAUUCGGUCCCAGAAUCCAAGCACCAUGGUUUCACCACACAGUUUAUACCAGGCUUUCCGCUUCAAGGAAGGAUAUCACAGGGGUUUAUGCCGUUAACCCAAGAGCCAAAGUUCGAAGAUAGGAAGCUUGCUCUGCCUACACAAGGAUCAGAGUUUCACAGCAUAAAAUUUGCAAGACAAGCCUCUGAACUACAACGUCCAUGCAUGAUCUCUGAGAAGAUUAACACAGGACCUCGGGAACAAGAUACCAAAUUUUCCGAGUUGGCUUCAAGACCAAAACUUCAAGGGGUAAUAUUUGGGGAGCAAAUCUCGGGAUCGAUAUUUGUUAGUGGAAGUUCUAUGACUCCAGAGUUAAAGAUACACAGUCCCAAACUAGCAAAGACGACUCCAGGACUACAGGAUUCAAGGCAGAUGAGUUGUAAUUCGGGGCCAUGGCUACAAGAUGUCAAAUUUUUGGAUGGAACACCGGGAACUCUCUCACAAGGUGUGAAAACCUCGGAGAUAAACUCAGGGCCACACUUAGAAUGUGUAAAAAUUUUUGAGUUGACCACACAGCCAGAGGGGCAAGGAAUGAAACCAGAACUGAUAGUACAAGAGUCCCCAUUUCAAGAUGUAAAACGUGUCACGGGGAAUCAAGAGCCAAGCUUUGAAGACAAAAUGUCUUAUAAAGUGAUAUCUGAGCCACAGAGACCAAUGGCAGAACCAGUGAAGUUGGAUCCUGGGAGACACUUAGCAAAUGUAGAUCAUCCUGAGUUGACCAGAAGACCACAGACCCAAGGCAUAGCACCUUCCGAAUUGAUCAAAGGACAGCUUUUGGGACAUGUAAAAUCUGCAGAGAGGAACACAGUCUCAAAGCAAGAAGCUCUGACGUCUGUGGAAUUAACACCAGGGCCACAUUUGGGAGAUAUUAAAUCUACAAAACUAAAGACAAAGUCAGAGCUGGAGCAUAUCAGAUCUAUGCUGUCAUCCCCAGGGAUGCAAGCAGGAGAUAGGAAACUUGAGGGGGUGCCCCCAGGCUCCAGUUUGAAGGGUUUAAAACCGAAGUUACUACCUUCAAAGCCAAAAAUAGAAGAUAGGAAACCUGUGAUCUUAACUGUAGAAGAGUGUCUCAAGAGGAUAAAAUCUACUGUGGUAUCCCCAAAUAGUUCCCUGAGAGGAGAUAUGAAAUCUGUGAAGUUGAUUCCAGGUUCAAAAGUUCAAGAGUUGAAAAAUAAGGGGUUGACCCGUGGUACACAUGUUCAAGAUGUAAAUGCCAUGGACUUGAAACUUGACCCAACAAAGCGAGGGGAUAGUCCUGUGACUUUUGUACCAAAGAUGCUGUUAAAAGAGAAGUCUAUGGAGGUGUGUCAAGGGCCUCAACUGCAAGGUAUAAAACCCAAGGAACUGACUUCACAGUCACAAAUGCAAGAUAGGAAACCUGUGGUCGCACCAUGUUUGAAACAGCAAAGUCUAAAACCUAUAACUGCAGCCAAAAUACAAGAGAUCCAAGGAGUAAAAUUUGUAGAUUUCACCUCAACAAAACAGUAUAAAGGGAUUGCACCCAUGGACUUAACUGUUAAGUCUCGACAGGAUGACCAGAUAACUGUAAAAUCACUAGAGAGGAAAGAUGGGAUUUUUGAGCAAAAGAAAAAACGGCUUGAAUCAGAAAAUACAUUGCCCAUGGAGUCAGCUCUAGAACCCAAACCUGCAGAUACAAAACCCAUAGAGAUCAACUCUGAGUUACAGUUCAAAGACACAACCUCUUUUGAAUUGUCUCCUGAGCCGGUUGUUCAAAGUGUAAAAGCUGAAGAACUCCAGAAUGAACUCCAGGGGCCAAGUAUGCAACCUUGCCAGUUGACUGCAGGGUCUCAGAUGCAUCAAAAGAAAGCCUUAGAGCCAACAUUAGCUCCACAGCUUCAAGGUGUGGAAACUAUGGCACUAAAUACAGAACCCCGAGUUGGAAGUACAAGGACUAUUCAAUGGAUACCAAUAUCUGAGUUUCAAAGUGAGAAAGGUGUAGGGUCAGACUCAAGGUCACAGUCUCAACAUGCCAGACCUACAGAACUGAAACCGCCUAUACCGUGGAGGGGUGUGAGGUCAUCUGAACUGACUGCCAGGUCAAAAAUUCAAGGAGAAAAAUCUGUGGCAUCUCAUCUCGAGCCACAGUUGCAGGGAGAAAAAACCUCUCCAUUAGCAAUAGGGUUGCAGGAACCAAAGACUUUGAACUUGACUUCAGAGCCACAGCCUCAAGGCGUCACAACAGAGGAGCUAAACAAAGAGCCACAGGCUGAACACAUAAGAUCUGUUCAGUGGAUACCUCUACAGGAGUUCCACAGUGCCAGGUUUUUAGGAUUCAAUAGUGGGCCACCAUCUCAAGGUGUCAAACGGACAGAACGGAAACCCUUCAUAAAAUUGGGAGGUGGGAAGCCGUCGGAAAUGACUCAAGGGCCAAAACCUCAAGGGAAAACUGUGGAUGUUAACCUCGUGCCACAAGAGCAGUGUGUGAGGACCCUCCAGUUGUCACCAGGACCAGAGCUACAAAAGGGGGGCGACUCUGCCUCGUCUUCAGCAGCACAGCCUCAGUGUGUGGAAACUGUGCCCUUGCACCAUGGACCACAGCUUGAAAACGCAAAAUCUGUCCUCCAAGAUAAGACACUUAUGCAGAAUCUUGGGUUACAGCCUCAAAGUGUCACUUCCAAAGAGUUAAAACCCUUGGCACAAGAAAGGGACAUGAAGACAUCUGAGGAGUCGACGACCAGGCCCAAAACGGAACCUUCCCGGUCAGCUCAGGAAUGCUUGUCUCCUGGGCUCAAAACAAUUGAUUUGAAAUCUGAGUUACCGUUUAGAAAUAUGAAAGCAUGUGACCCCAUCUUAAGGUCAAUGAUCAGUAAUGUAAAACCAAUGACAUUCAAGCCCAGGCUCCCUAUGGAAGACAAGAGCUCUCCUGAAUUGACCCCUGGGAUACAGUCACAAGAAGCAAAACCCUUAAAGUCAUCCCCGGAAACACAGCCUCAAGACAUGACAUCUUCAGUGUUCAAACAAGAGUCGCAGUCUUCAGAAGUGAAAUCUGGAGUAUCAGGCCAAGGGUCACAGUCACAAAACAAUAAAAAUAUAGUUUUGAAGAGUGAGAAACCCUCUGGGUUGGCACUCCAGACGAAGCCUCAAGGUUUGAAAUCUGAGAUGAAGUCUGAGCCCCAGGGGCAAAGUGCAAAAUGUUCUGACUUGACACCUGAGACAAAGUCCCAAAAUACACAAUUUAAGUUCAGCGCCAGCUCACCGUUGAAAAGUAAGCCAUUUACUAAUUUAAUCAUGGGGACCAAAAUUGGAAGGGUCAAGCCAGACCCUAAGCCUGGGCCACAGUCCCAAGGUAUAAAACCGGACUCAGUUCUGAAGACAAAGCCUCAAGAAAUGGAGACAGAAGACUACGGAUCGGGCCCGCAGUUACAAGAUCUGCAGUCUUUGCGGACGAUCAUGGGUGUAAAAGUCCAAGAUGUCAAAUCUAUGGCCUUCAGUCCUAGACCACGCUUAGAAAGUUUACCACCUGAAGUCAUCACAGAGAAGAACGUUCUUGGUGUGAAACCAGCAGAAAUCAAACCUAGUCCCAAAUUACAAGGUGAGAAACCUGAGAUUACCCCAAGGAAGUUGUUUUUAGGCACAAAAUCUUUAGAGUUGGAUUCAGGCCUUAAUUUGCAAGAUUUGAAAUAUCCUGAGCUGAUCAUGGGCAUGAAACUUCAAGGGGUAGACUCCAUGGAACAACACUUGACACGUAUAAAGCCUUCUGAGGUGAUUCCGGAAAUAAACUCUCAAGGUGUAACAGCAGUGGACUUCGACUCUGGACCACAGACACCAAAUAAAAGGCCUUCUGAGUUCGUUCAAGGGGAAAAGCUCCAAGAUAAGGAAUCUGUAGAGUUUAAUCAAGGUCUAAAGUUACAAAGUAUGAUUGUCGAGUCAGUACCAGAGACAAAGCCGCAAGAUGGGGAAUCUGUAAAGUUAAACUUAGGCCCUCAGAUGCCAGAUAAGAAAUAUUCUAAGUCAGUUCUGGGGACAAUACUUCAAGACGGAAGGUCUACAGAGGCCAAUUCUGGCCCAUACUUACAGGGUGUAAAGCCUUCUGAAGGGAUUUCAGGGGACACAGUUCAGAAAGAGAAACCUGUGGGCCCUGUGUUUCAGCCACUGGAGCAAAAUGAAGACUCUUUUAAAUGGAUUUUCUCUAAGGCACUUGAUGGGAAACCUUUGCAGUUCAAGUUACCCUCUGAGUUACAAGACAGGAGACUAUCUAAGUUAAAACCAGAUCUUCAAGAUAUGAAGCCUGAGGCAUUCAACCCUGGACUAAAGUUGGAAGAUGUGAAAGCUGAGCCCACAAACCCACAAACAACAGAGAAUGAGGAGGUCAGUUAUGAUGCAGACUUGCAUGUUGUGGGAUUCUCUGAGUUGGUACCAAUUUACAAUGUGGUACCUUCUGGACUCAAAGCCAGAAAUCAGAAGCGAAAUGAGAAACCUCACAAAUUAAGUCAGAAGCUUCAGCUUCAAAGUAUGAAGCCGUAUAUGCCACAGGUCAAGUCAUCAGACUUAUGUACAAAGCUUCAACACCUGAGAUCAAUGGAAUUCAACCCUGGGCCACAGUUGCAAGAUGUGAAGUCCUUUGAGUUGGGCCUGGGAACAGGUACACAGCCUUUAGGGUUCAACCCUGGGCCACAGUUGCAAGAUGUGAAGCCCUUUGAGUUGGGCCCGGGAACAGGUACACAGCCUUUAGGGUUCAACCCUGGGCCACAGUUGCAAGAUGUGAAGUCCUUUGAGUUGGGCCCGGGAACAGGUACACAGCCUUUAGGGUUCAACCCUGGGCCACAGUUGCAAGAUGUGAAGUCCUUUGAGUUGGGCCCGGGAACAGGUACACAGUCUUUAGGGUUCAACCCUGGGCCACAGUUGCAAGAUGUGAAGUCCUUUGAGUUGGGCCCGGGAACAGGUACACAGUCUUUAGGGUUCAACCCUGGGCCACAGUUGCAAGAUGUGAAGUCCUUUGAGUUGGGCCCGGGAACAGGUACACAGUCUUUAGGGUUCAACCCUGGGCCACAGUUGCAAGAUGUGAAGCCCUUUGAGUUGGGCCCGGGAACAGGUACACAGUCUUUAGGGUUCAACCCUGGGCCACAGUUGCAAGAUGUGAAGUCCUUUGAGUUGGGCCCGGGAACAGGUACACAGUCUUUAGGGUUCAACCCUGGGCCACAGUUGCAAGAUGUGAAGCCCUUUGAGUUGGGCCCGGGAACAGGCACACAGCCUUUAGGGUUCAACCCUGGGCCACAGUUGCAAGAUGUGAAGUCCUUUGAAUUGGGCCCGGGAACAGGUACACAGUCUUUAGGGUUCAACCCUGGGUCACAGUUGCAAGAAAUAAAACCUCCUGCAGUGGGCACAGAGGUCAAGCUGCUGGAAGAGUCGCCCCUGGAAUUCAAGCAUGAACCUAGAUUGCAGUGUAGCAGAUCCUAUGACUGGAAUCACAGUAAAAACGUUAUGGCACCCAACACUGGGAUACAAGUUGUAGAAUCAUCUGAGCUGCACCCUGGUCCAGACCUUCCGGGUAUAAAACCUAAGGUGUUCCGCUUUGGGUCACACUUGGAAGAUGUGAAUUCCGCAUGUACUCCCAAUAUAAAUUUUCAACAUGUAAGUUCCAGUGGGUAUAUAUCUGGGCCAUAUUUGCAAGAUGUGGAUUCCUCUACAUGCAUUCCAGAGCCAAACGGUCAGUGUAUAAACUCUGAGUGCAAUCCUGGAAUACAUUUGCCUGGAAUGAAUUCUUCCUCAUGCUUUUCAGGAUCAAAAUUGCAAUGUGUAGCUUCUACGGGGAGCAACCCUGAGUCACAUUUGCAAGACAUAAAUUCUACUGAAUGUACCCCAGAACCAAGUCCUCAGUGUGCGAAUUCUUCAGCGCAUACCCCAGGAUCAAAUCCUCAGUGUGCUGAUUCUCCUGCAUGCAUCUCAGAGCCAAGUCCUCAGUAUGCAAAUUCUUCUGCAUGUACCCCAGGGCCAAGUCCUCAGUGUGAAAAUUCUUCUGCAUGCACCUCAGAGCCAAGUCCUUUGUGCGAGAAUUCUUCUGUAUGUUCCCAAGGGUCAAGUUCUCCUUGUGUCAAUUCCACUGAGUGCACUCCUGAACCACACUUGCAAGGGGUGAAUCCUUCUGUAUACACCCCAGGGCAAAACCCUCUGUGUGAAAAUUCUAAUAGGUAUAAUCUUGGGCCACUUUUUCAAGGUAUGAAUUUUUGUACAUUCCCACCACCACAAAUUCUAUGUGUAAAUCCUGUUUGGUGCAAUACUAGAAUACAUUGGCAAGAUAUAAAUUCUUCUGCAUGUAACCUAAGACAAGAAUCUCAGUCUGUAAAUUCUAUUGGCUACAACCCUGGGCCACAUUUACAAGCUCUGAAAUUUCAAGAACAGUUGAAAGAUUUGAAGUCUGAAUUAACCCCAGAGUCAAACGAUUUGGGUAUAGCCCCCGGGAAAUACAACCCUGGUCCACAACAUCAAGGGAUGAAUUCUUCUGGGUUUAAUCCUGAGUCAAAACCUCAAUGCAUAAGUUCUGUAAAGCCCAGUUCAGGGCCACAGUUGCAAACCAUAAAGACCUUUGAGUUGACCCCUGGCUCAGAGUCUCAAAGUACAAAAUCUGUUCUGUUAAACUCUGGAUCGCCUUCUCAAGGUGUGAGGCCAUCUAAUUUAAUGCUAGGGGCAGAGUUUCAAAAGUUCCCAUUGAUGAAGAACCAGCUUGGGUCAUGGCAACAAAGCGUACAACCGAUAUCUGCCGUGAGGCCUCAGUCGAAUGGUGUGAAUUCAGUGGUUUUACCAAUACCGCCUCCUGAAGCCAGAACAUCUCCAGAGAAGAGUACAAAGACAUUGUUUUGUGCAAAUGCUGUAAAACUGACACCUGGUUAUGGUCUGCCUGACUUGAGAAGUAAGAUGUUUUCUCCAGAACCUUGUUUUCAAAACGUUCAAGAUGUGCAGUGGAAGCCAGGGUCACAGUCCCAAAGUGUGGGUUCUUCAGAAUUGAUCUCAAGCCACGGUUCACAGCAUGCUAUGCCUUCCCUUAUACCAAAGCCAUGUUUCCAAGAUACAAACACUAAGCAGCCGAGGAUAGGACCCCAACAGCAAAGUCUGAAUGGCCAACUGUUUCCUUCAGAGGAGAAACCAGUGAUGGCGGCGUCACCACAGUUCACCAGGAAGCUCUUAGGACCAGCACUGACUAGCGUCAAAUUUUCAAAUUUGUCACUGAAACCACAGCAGCAAAAUAAGAAAUCUUUGGCUUUUACUUCAGAGCCAAAGUGUCAAAAUGUAAAACAUGUAAAAUUGUCAUCAGUGUCUUUGCCAGACACUGAAAAACCUGUGCAGUUACCACCAAAAUCGAUCCUUCAGAGUGUGAAACGUGGGAACCUAAUGCCCCAGACAACUGACCCAGUCACAAAGUCCUCUGAAGUCAAAUAUAGACCAAAGCGACAGGUGGUAGACUUUUCAGAGAUGAGUAUGAAGCCUAGGAGUCAAGUCCCUAAAUCGGUGAACUUUAUGUCACCACCAAUUUGUCAAGAUGUGGAGUCUUUAGAUAUGGCAAAAGGGUUGGGACAUGAAAGCCAAGAAAUGAUGGAGAGAUCUAUGAGCUUGAGCUCCAAACCAACAGAUAAAGGUAUAGAAUCAUUAGAGAUGCCCCUGGAGAUGGAUAUUCAAGUAACAGAAUUGGUUGAUCUGACUCCAACACCAAGUGAUCAAGAUUCAGAAUCCUCAGAACCAAACCUCCAGAAAAGCCACCAGAUUCCAAAAACUCCUGAGUUACAUUCUUGGUUGUGGUCUCAAUUUCAAGGUUUCAAGAAGUUACAGACAAAAGAAAUUCCAGAAUCUGAUAAAGUGACCCUCGACUUCAAGAAUCACGACGCAGACACGAUAGGGUUGACUUGUGAAGCAAGGCAGCAAGGGGAAGAAUUUCCUAGAAUGUCUCCAAAGCCAGUAAACAAAGAGACUGGAUUUGUAGAAACAUCUCCAAGGUCAUGUCUUCAAGACUUAGGACUUCUGGGGUUGGGCUCUAAGAAAAGAUCUCAAGGGGGGCAAUCUGUAGUAUCAACACCAAGGCCAGUCUGUCACACCCCAGAUUUUGCUUCAGGGAUAACACCAGGGCCAGAACCUCAUAUCCUCAAAUCUAGAAAUUUGGCCUCUAUGCCCUGGCUGCAAAAAGCAUCCUCUGAGUUGUCAUGGAAGCAAACCAGUCAAGUUGUGGGAAAUAGUGACUCUGUAGAGCUCACCUUUGGUACACGGCAGCCAGGCGGGGUAGCAGCUAAGCUAAGAAAACUUCAGAAUCUGAGCUUGGAAAAUGCAAGCAUCACUUCGCUAGAAUCACCGGAUCCAAUGAUAAACUUUGUAGGGAUUAGUCCAAAGCCACGAGAUCAAGUGACAGAAUCUGCGAAGACACAGCUUCCAGUUCCUCAAUCAGUUGCCCUCCCAAAAGUUUCUGAAUCUGUGGAAGUGAUCCCUGGGCCACCACUUCAAGUUACAAAGUCUGUGAUGAUUCCAGAGACCACCUCUCAAGAGUCAAAAUACAAUGAUUUGACUCCCAGAACACACGAUGUGGUAAGUUCAGCAUUUGCUCCAAGCCUUUGGCUACAAAAUGUGCAAUCCAAGAAAUUAAUCCGAGAGCCCACACAUCAGGUUUCAGAAACGAUACGAAGACAAGGCUUUCGAGUUAUAAAGACUGUAUUAAUUCCCAAACCACUGCUUCUGGUUGUAAAAUCUGAAGAAGUGGCACCAGGACCAUGUCCUCAGGUUGUAGAACCAAUAGGACUCACCAUGAGAUCGAACAUUAAAGUAAAUGGGUGUUUAAAUUUGCUCCCAAAACCACAUCUUCAAGACCUGGUUAAACCUAUGGCGUUAACUUCAAGGGCAGAGAGUAAAGUGACUUCUGCAGAAUUGAUCCUUCCACAAACAUCUCUCCUUAAGGAACCUACAGUGUUAAUUCAUGAGCAAAGGCUUCAGGCUGAAAAAUCUCUAGGCCUCAAAACAGAGUCUCCUAAAGUCAUGAAAACUGAGGGUCCAAAUCAAGGAUUGGUGUGUCAGAAUAAAGACUCAAAGAUGAUCACAUCAACAACGUUACAGGCAGAGAAUUACUUAUCUAGGUUCAUACACAGCCCUUCAAUCCAAUUUCUUUCAAGUGGUGACCAAACAACUGAAUUAGAGCACCUUCAGGGUUCUGGGGUGCCAGAAGUUCCAAGAGCUUUUAGUCUUAAAAAUCUUGGUGUUGGUAUUUUGCAGUCUUCAAAGUCCUAUGCAGACACUAUUAUGAUAAAAUCUUCAGUUCUUCCCUUGGUCCUUCAAAAUUUACCUUCUGAUAAGACAGGGGACACUGAGGGAACCUCAUAUCCUGAGAUCUGGAGCAUGAAUAUCUUAUCUAAGGCAGAAGCUGAAAAGGAGAAAAUGGAAGAAUUCCAGAGGUAUUCUUCAUAUUCAUUGAGAUUACUAUCAGAGGAGUUCCAGGCAGGAUUAGGGGCUCGAAGAAGCUCUAUCCGUUCUUUUCUGGGCAUACAACAGAAUGUCUGGGAAAGUCAUGUCAGUAGGCAGAGACUACCUAGGAGAUAUCUCUCCAGUAUGCUAAUGCUGGGGAAUGUCCUGGGAACCACUAUGGAAAGGAAGCCGUGUUCUCAAUCAUUUUUAACAGAAGGAUCCACUAUGGACAUCUGUCAGUCGAUUCAGAAUUUAUUUGGGGUUCCAGCUGAACUGAUGGAAUUUUCUCAAAGCCUGUUAGAGAGGGGUCCGAGGACCAUUUCUCAGACUUCAGUGGUUAAAAACUAUAUUCAGAGACAUAUUUUAUGUCACAGUAAUGAGAAGAAAAUGCCUUUAAAGAUGUGGACGCGUGGCUCCACAUCUUCCAUAAUACAGCAGUACUCUGGUACUCGAGUAGGAGUCAAGAAAACGAGCUCAAAGCUCAGUGAUAUACUCCAGGAAGUCACUGAGCAUGUGUCUGUCUCAUGCACCAGGGCCCCGUUUCCUGCCUUGAUGAAAUCAGAGUCUACUCUUGAGAUACUCUACACGAGGGAAGAUUCUGUUUCCAUGGAGCAGGGUAAAAUACCACCAUGCGUUUCACCGACUAGGACUUUUGCGUCUCAGCAUUCACUGAAGACAAGUUCUCUCUCUCAGUCCAAAACCGAUAUCUCAGAACAACUCCAAUUGCUAAAAGAUCUACAGCUAAAAAUCGCAGGAAAACUCCUAAGGAGUCAAAUACCCCACAAUGUCCCUCCACCUCUAGCGACAGGUCUUGUCCUAAAAUAUCCCAUCUGCUUACAGUGUGGCCGGUGUUCAGGAUUUAAUUGCUGUCAUAAGUUACAGUCUGCCUACGGGCCGUACCUCCUUAUCUAUCCACAGCUCCACCUUUUAAGCACCCCUGAAGGCCAUGGUGAGAUUCGGUUGCAUCUUGGAUUUAGAUUACGAACUGGGAAAAGACCUCAAGUCUCAAAGUACCACGGAAGAAAUCGAGCGGAUGCUCGGAAGAGUGCCGCAUCACCAUCACGGAGGAAAGCUAGAUUCUCUACAACGCCUUCCAAGAGUCCUACUCCUAGGGGAACGUUCCAGUCCGGAUCUUCCCCGUCUCCUGCUUCUGUACAAUUCCACACUCAACAAAAGCAAUGGUAUAGUCCUGGUGUGGUAGGAAAGGCAACAGCCAAAGACUAUGAAUUCUGUCAGGUUCACUCCGUAUCAGAGAGUGAGUAUGAAAGCAAUCAGGAUGAAAAAUGGGUUAAGUCAAGCCUUAGAAAGGCCUCUGUCUUAACAUAUCCAGUGAAGAAAAUCACCAAGGGACCUAAAAUGCAAAACACAAGGCUCUACAAAAUCAGUACAAAAGAGGCCCAUUCUAGAACCCUGAAGGGUGUUACAAGAAACAGAAUUGGAACCACUCAAACAAACUCUGUUUCUACCAAGAGACAACCUAAGAAAUCCUCCCAGCCCAAAUUCAUCCAACUGCUCUUUCACGGCCUGAGGCAGGCAUUCCAAGCGGCACACAGAAUUGUGACUUUUACUGGACAGAAACUUGAGUAUAAGAUGAGGCCAGACAAUUUGUGGUCAGUCAAAAACUUGCACCCCAAACAAAGAGCCAAGGAUUAUAACUUAAUGGGAGAUAGCAAAGGAACCAGGACACCAGGUGUCAGGCACAGGUCAACAAGCGCAACCCCUAAGCAAAAGGACAAGUUGCAGGGAGCAAGUGAGCGCUAUAGACAAGCUCAACAGCCCAAACAAGUGAGCCCUCUUGUACCCAAACCCUCGCAAUUGCCGCAGACCAUGGUUUGUGAAAAAGAUGUCUUUAACCAAGCUACUUCAGUCCCAGAACCUGUGAAGAGAAUUCAAAAUGUCUAUAUUAUAGCAAAGAAAACCUGUAGUAAUGAAAUAUCCACUCCAGAGUCUAAGAACGUUUCUAAAGUAGGAGCCAAAUUUCAGGCCCAAGAGAGGAUUGUAUCUAACCACCUCUUGAAGGGAACCCUGCAGAGUCACUUUGAAAAGAAACCCAUAAACAAGGAAGAACAACAAGGCUUGUUCGGGGAGAAAACCCUAUGUAAUAAGCCAUCUGAAAGGACCCAUAGCAGGCUUCCUCAGAGAACUCAUCGACGAAGUCUCUCUGAGAGGAGACAUCAUAGUCGUCCUCAGAGAAGGCAUAGCAGUCCCUCUGACAGAACCCUUAGAAGUCUUUCUGAGAGGAGUCAUCGCAGCCCCUCCCAGAGAAAUAGUCUUAGUUCCUCUGUAAGAACCUAUCACAGUCUUUCUGACAGGAGCCAUCACAGUCUCUUUAAGGGGAGAGGUCACAGUCCCUCAAGGAGGAACCGUCGCAGUCCCUCAAGGAGAAGCCCUCAAAAUUCCUUAAGAAGGAGCCCUCACAGUCCCUCAAGGAGGCAAUCUCGAAAUCUUUCCGGGAGUAGCCAUCACAGUCCCUCAUGGAGUAGCCUUCGAAGUCCUUCAGGGAGACCUCGCAGUCCCUCAAGGAGAAGUCCUCGCAGUCCCUCAAGAAGUCCUCGAAGUCCCUCAAGAAGUCCUAGCAGUCCCUUAAGGAGGAACCCUCACAGGCGCUCAGGGAGGAGCCCUCACAGGCGCUCAGGGAGGAGCCCUCACAGGCGCUCAGGGAGGAGUCCUCACAGUCUCUCAGGGAGGAGCCCUCACAGGCGCUCAGGGAGGAGUCUUCACAGUCUUUCAGGGAGGAGCCCUCACAGGCGCUCAGGGAGGAGUCCUCGUAGACCUCUAGAGAGAAGAAGACACAGUCCCUCUGUGAAGAAGAGUCUACACAGUCUGUCUGAGGGGAGCCAACAGAGUCCCUCUUCUCUGAGAUGCCCCAGUCCUUUGCAGAGGUCACUGGGCAGUCAUUCAGAAAAGAGCCCUGGUAGUUUCUCUGAGAGAUCCAUUUCCAUUCCCUCUGGCUGGAAAAGACACAGUUCUGGAGUAACCCUGUAUACUUCCUCUAAGCCCAGGCUACACAGGCAUUCUUCCAGACUCACCCGCAGUCAUUCUGAGAGAACUCAUUCUGAGAGAAGUCACUACAGUCCCUCUGAAAGCAGACACAGUUAUUCUGACGGGAUGCACCGCACUCACUCUGUGAGGACCCAUCACUGUCACCAUGAGAGACCUUAUCACAGUCUCAAGGAGAGGCUCAAGCAUAGUUCCCUUAAGGAGAGAGUCAAACGUAGCUUGGCUAAAGAGAUCAUGUCUUCCAGGGACCACACCAAAAAAUGCAAAAGCUGGACAAGUUUGGAGGCAUGAAGUUAGUGGAUAAGAUCUGCCCCUAUUAAGUGUAUUCCUGCUCAGCCACAGCCUGCACCCUCAGCAAUGAAAGAGCUAUCUGGGAGGGAAGGGGAAAAGAAUGGAUCUAUAAUUUAAGAUCAAUAAAGGGGCGAUUUGAACUCCA